GCCACAGAGAUGGGGAAGCUCGAGGACAACGAGAGGGUGAUCGUCAACGUCGGGGGCACCAGACACGAGACCUACCGGAGCACCCUGAAGACCCUGCCGGGCACCCGCCUGGCUCUGCUCGCCUGCCAGUCCCAAGGCGAGUCCCCGGCCGGUGCCGGCGCCGGGGAGGAGCAGCGCCACCAGCCGCCGCCCCUGCCCGCGCCCAACCCGGGCCCCAACCCCGGCGGCGGCGGCGGCUUCCUGGACGGCGUGGGCGGGAGCAGCUGGAGCCCGCGCAGCGAUGGCGGCGCCGCCGCGGCGCAUGGCGGCAGCGGCGCGUGCUGCGAGUUCUUCUUCGACCGCCACCCGGGCGUCUUCGCCUACGUGCUCAACUACUACCGCACCGGCAAGCUGCACUGCCCCGCCGACGUGUGCGGCCCGCUCUUCGAGGAGGAGCUGGCCUUCUGGGGCAUCGACGAGACCGACGUGGAGCCCUGCUGCUGGAUGACCUAUCGGCAGCACCGCGACGCCGAGGAGGCGCUCGACAUCUUCGAGGCGCCCGACCUCAUCACGGGCGAGCCGCCGGCCGACCCCGACGACGAGCUGGCCGCCAAGCGCCUGGGCAUCGAGGACGUGGGCGCGGCGGGCGCGGCCUCGUCCUGCGCCGCCAACGGCUCCCCGCUCGACGGCAAGGGGGGCCGCUGGAAGAGGCUCCAGAAGCGCAUGUGGGCGCUCUUCGAGGACCCCUACUCGUCCCGCGCCGCCAGGUUCAUUGCUUUUGCCUCUUUAUUCUUCAUCCUACUUUCCAUCACAACCUUUUGCCUGGAAACCCAUGAAGCGUUCAAUACCAUCAAAAACAAAACAGAACCAACCAUCAAUGGUAGCGAGGCGGUUCUGCAGUAUGAAAUAGAGACGGAUCCCGCUCUGACGUACGUUGAAGGCGUCUGUGUGGUGUGGUUUACAUUUGAAUUUUUAAUCCGUGUCAUUUUUUCACCCAACAAACUUGAAUUCAUCCAAAACUACUUGAAUGUCAUUGACUUUGUGGCCAUUUUGCCCUUCUAUCUAGAGGUGGGCCUCAGUGGUCUCUCCUCCAAAGCUGCUAAGGAUGUGCUUGGUUUCCUCAGGGUGGUGAGGUUUGUGAGAAUCCUGCGAAUCUUCAAGCUCACCCGACAUUUUGUCGGCCUCAGGGUGCUGGGUCACACUCUCCGAGCAAGCACCAAUGAGUUUUUGCUGCUGAUCAUAUUUUUGGCAUUAGGAGUAUUGAUAUUUGCCACCAUGAUCUACUAUGCUGAGCGCAUAGGCGCCAAACCCAAUGACCCAUCAGCUAGUGAACACACAGAGUUCAAAAACAUUCCCAUUGGCUUCUGGUGGGCUGUGGUCACCAUGACCACUCUAGGGUAUGGAGACAUGUAUCCAAAGACAUGGUCAGGCAUGCUAGUGGGUGCGCUGUGUGCUUUAGCUGGGGUGCUGACGAUAGCCAUGCCUGUGCCUGUUAUUGUCAACAAUUUUGGAAUGUACUAUUCUCUGGCCAUGGCGAAACAGAAGCUUCCAAGGAAGAGAAAGAAGCACAUCCCACCUGCUCCUCAGGCAAGCUCCCAUACAUUUUGCAAGACAGACUUGAACAUGCCCUGCAAUAGCACACAGGGGGAAGUCUGUCUGGGCAAAGACAACCGGCUGAUGGAACACAAUAAAUCAGUGUUAUCAGGUGAAGACAGUACAGAAAGUGAGCAGCCACUGUCACCUGUGGAAAGGCUCCCACCAAUCAGACGCUCUAGUACCAGAGACAAAAACAGAAGAGGGGGAACAUGUUUCCUACUGACAGCAGGUGAUUACACGUGUGCUACAGAUGGAGGGAUCAGGAAAGUGUUAUACAGAAUUUAUCAUGGAUUUUUGACUGCUGAAAAAGGGACAAUGGAAUUUAGCCAUACCAAGGACUGUACUGGAAAGAGACUGCUCCUCCUGAAUGGGCCCUGAUAAUCACCUGCCGCCUUGAAGAGAUCCUUCCAAUUUCCUAUGGAAGUGGAGCUUGUUAUGAGGAUUAAGGAACAAUUCCAACCGCUGCUGCCAGCAGACGCAAUUAUUAGUCACUAUUGAUGAGUCAGCUGUAAAUAAAAUGUGUGUGCAUGGAAUAUCAGCUUUAGUCAUCUAUGCCAAGGGAUGCUGAAUUCAAAGACAUCAUUUCUGAGACUCCAUGAAAAAAAAAGGCCGACACACCUCUUUGUGUAUUCUUCCUGGUCCCUACAGUAGGUCAUGCUGUGGAUCAUAUAAAGGCACACAUGUUUUAACAAUAGUGAUGUAAACGCUGUCUGUCAUAGGUUUCCUCAUAACAACUGUAUUUUUGCAAAAUUUGUAACUCAUGAACAUAAAUGGCGUAGGAUUUUGCUACAAGUCUUUGCACUCUCAGUUUGCCAUAUCUAUAUUUUUAUGAAUACUAGUGAACAUGCCAACAUUUUCUUUUGACUUCGAUAAGAGAUAUUUGACUUCAGAUGAAAACAGUAAAUAAUAAUAAUAAUAAAUGAAUCACAGACUUUGUCCAGAGUUCUGUAGAAGCUUUUUUUUGUUUUUGUUUUUGUUUACUUCAUUGUUACCUCAAAUAAUAGGUAUUGAGAGAAAUAAAAUACUGGCAGUAAAAUAUUAUAGGUUUUUUAUUGAAAAUAUCACAGAAAUAACAUCAGUAAAUAUAAAAUAGGAAAUAUAAAAUAGAUCCUAAAAAUGUAUAUUUUGCAUAAGAGAGAUAUUCUUUACCUUUUUGUGACUUUUGUGGUAAAAUUGUUCUAGUCUAUUCUACGUCUAUGAUGCUUUGUAGCCGGGUACUGUGUGAACUUAUGUUCUCUCCAUCCUGUUCAAUAAGACCUUCUCCAGAAAGUGUUUGUCACCCUGGUAUUUUGAAUGUAGGGACCUUUCCCACAUAUGAAACUCUGUAUUGUAGACCUUUUUGUGAACAUGUCAAAAGGUGCAUGCACAAGCCUGGUGGAAACCAGUGGCCAUGUAACUUAACAGAAAUGGAGAAUAAAGUGCAAAAGAUCCGGGGAGGAAGU